AUGGCGGUGAAUGAUGGAGUUUUUAAUGUGGCAAAAAUCUUGGCUCUACUUUCUAAUGAAGAAGAAUUCAUUUUAAAACCAUUUCAAAAUGGAUUUGCAAAUGAAAUUGGUGCAAUAGAAUGUGGAAAAAUUGUAUCAAGAGUAAAUAAAGUUUUAUUUAAUUAUCAAAUUGGUGAUAAAACGAAUCCAUCUGUAUUGAACUCCAUAUUGUCUCAAAGAAUUAUUUUAAUGAUGCCUGAAACUAAACAAGUCGUUCUUGAACUCUAUCAAAAUCGUUUACCGCUUCCUUGUCAAAUGUGUACUAAACAAGAAGUUCGAUGUUUACCAACAAUAUCAAGUGAAAGUCAAUCAAUUGGAUCUAUACGACGAGGGUAUGUUUGA